GUGUAGUCUGUAGUUGUAGAGAAUAGUGUGUAGGCAAAGAUAUCUUAUUCUUCCAUUCUGGAAAUCUUCUGACUCUGCAACAUCGACUACUGAGUAUUCUACGUCGGUAAUCCUGUGCUGCUGCUCAGUUCUGGACUUUCUCCAAUGGAAUCGGGUAGUCACAGUGAUCACUUUGUCAGCAAAAGAGUAUACCGGUAACACACACGUCGUUGGUUUCGACACCAGCUGUCCAAAUAAGUCCAGCACUUUGACUUUUAGUUUAGGACUGAGGCCGAGGAAGACCAGGAGACCUGUUGCGACGCGUAAUGGCUGUCUCCAAUGUCAAUGGACGUAUUUCACGAGCGUUUAUCUGUGCAACCACUGUGCUGAUUAGUUUGUUGCAACUCGUCAGCAGUAAUGUUUAUCUUCAUAUGCCCAGGGGCAGUAAUAAUCGUCUGAACGGAGCUGGUAGAAAUCGCAACAAUGCAAACAGGAUGUUUAACUCUCAGAAUAACAACCGUGGUGGUUACAACGUUGGACAUACCUACUACUAUCAGAAAUCUCCUGUCACAUUCGAGUGGACAAACGGGCAUUCAUGCGCCGACGAGAACAACAACUGUGAGAUCAUUAUCCAGUACAUGUGUCACGAUAAGCUGCGCGAUGGAUCGGUCGUUGGCACUAUUCCUCUCAACCCUUCGCCGUGCAGAGACUUUGACUGUACGGAUGAUCACAGGUACGGUAUGCACGAGCACCUAGACGACUACUUACGCUGCAAGGCUACUGAGCGUGGUAACGUCUUCUCCGCUCAGGAAAUCUACAAGACGGCAUGGCUCCGACGUUUGCAGGAUAAAGCUCGUUUUGAGGCCACGUACACACGCCAGAAUCCGACUGGAGCUCGCUAUGGAUACGAAUGUCCGGAAGAGCGAGACUACUAUCCGUACUGGAACCCGAGUCAAUGGAAGGAUAUAGCCGUUCUGACGAAUGAUGUUGCUCGCUGCCAGUACUAUCAGCAAGAGAGUCAGAACGUCAAGAAGAGAGGCUAUUGCAGCUUGCCUGGUCCCGUUCACUACUGGUUCACACGCUGCCAGAGUCUGGACAGCAGCCUGUUUCGCAGCUUCAUCAUCAACCAGCCCAGUCCGCACUACUUCCCUGCGCCGCUCAGCCAAACAGUGUGCGAGCAAAUGUCCUACAACUACACGUCGUUCCAAGCUUGGGUUACCAAGUUGUCCUUCUACCGCCGAUCGAAGUGCACCAUUAUCGUCCCACCGGAUGACCCAACGCAAACGAACAAAAGCAAGUCUCUCGCCGCUCAGUGGAUCGAAGUGCCCGCCCACAACAUGCCCGCGCCCGCUUGCCAUGAAGCGCCAUGGUCGCGCGACAAUCACCUAGGUAACGGUAUGGGCGGCCAGCCAAACACGUUCCACUGGACUGUGCCGGACAAUGUGGAGGCCGAUAACUGUGCUUUCAGGAUCCGCUACAACAUCUCAUCCAACGAUUACAACUCCUGGAACGCCUCACGAUCUGAUGACUCGCUUGAGAAUUUGACGUUUGGCUUCGCAACGCCAGCCAAAGCCAGGUCACGCGGCUUUGAAUUCAAGAAGAACCCGGUCGUGGAUAUCUUCAACAACGCCAACCUUCGCCUUCGACUAGCAAUCAACACACAGCAGCUUGGACGCACCUUUCAGGAUCGAUCUCAUACAUUUUCCAUCAAGAAACAACCAGCUGGUGUUGGAGCCAACGCUCGAAUCCAUAAUGUUCAGGUACGUGGCAAGCGUGGCAAUAUAGUCCAGACCUAUCCUGGGGUUGAGUACGACUUUGUACCGAAUCGUCUUGCUGUGUCGAAAGGAGACUACAUCCAUUUCCAAUGGACCGGUUCGAACACCAAUCCCCGUAACAAUGAUGGGCAGGGUGAGCCUGGAACAGACCGUCACAAUGUCAUGCUGCUCCAGCCGGCAAUGUACAGCGAGGGCGCCAGCAAUCGCUCUGGCAAUGUACGCGGCCAUUUCGGCGCCAACCACCCCUCUAAACUGUCGAGCGACACCAUCCUUGGAUUCAGCCGUGAUGUUGCCGAGGAUCUUGCUCUGCUCCGAAGUUCAGGAAACCCGCGUGGCAGUACAGACUCUGAGCUGGAUGACAUGGGUGUAUAUUUUGACCUGGGUCUCAAGGAGAUCACACAGCUGGGUACCUAUCACUAUAUGUGCACGCGCAACAACAACUUCUCCAACCGCAAUCAGAAAGGCCAGAUCAUCGUCUACACGGAGGCCAAGGUCACUGAAACGCUGGGUGCUACCGGUGGCACUAUUGCUCUGCUGAGGGCUGCAGUGAAGAUCCCACCGAACGUCCUGAAGGCGACGUCGACGAUUACCGUGUCCACAUUCUCGCCGCUAGAGUGCCAUCGCUACCUGAAUCAGAUUGGCGGAGCUGUGCUGAGAAUGGGUAUGCCACUUUCGGAUUGUGUCUGGAUCGAGCCAGAGGACAUGGUGUUACCCGGAGGUGGGGCGAUGACGAUCACUCUCAAUAUCACGUCAAGCAACUUGCCGUCCAACGUCAAGGUGUUUGGAACACUAGUACGGUCCGGCGCUAGGUCCUGGUCUCUGGCUAGUGACACGGUGGUGGAAGCUCACACCCACACCAUUACCUUCUCUGCCGUACACGGUGGACUGUACAUUGCCGAGAGCACAUCAUCUAUACAUAUAGUCAGUAUAAUCUUUGCAGUUGCCGCUAUCGGUAUCCUUGCUCUGGCCACGGCCGUCUACAUGUACCAAAAACCUGACAAGCGUUUCUAUGAGCUUCCCAAAGCUCUUCAUAAGCGCCUUUCCUAUGUCAUGCUCUCCUUGCAGUCACAGGUAUAGUCAGCCACAGCAGCUACGUGACAGAAAGGUACCAGCACCUUUGUUUACUUCUGCGAGUGUAUGCGUGCACGAGUGCACGCGCGUGCGUGUGCAUGCAUAUGCAUGCAUAUUUUAUGUAUUCGAAUGUGUGUGCAAAUAUGUGUGCAUACCGUAUGUCAGCCUUUUUAAAGCCAUGCCCUUAUAUUCGAAACCCCGCUGCUUUCCUAGCUAUUUUAGAUGCAAAAUGACUCGCCCACUACGCCAUGCCAUAAAAGUCAAAUUCCACACAGACAUUUCAAUCUAAAUCCACCCCGUUCCCCCUUCCUGCUGGGCUGUAAGUUUGUUAGCAUAGUACUUAUUCCUUCAUUUUUACAAAACGUACUUCAAAUGUCAUGUCAUUUAUGAAGCCCAUGGCGCUUUCCACUGCAUAUGCAUGCGUGUAUGGUACAUUCGCAUAUCAUAUACGCAGGCUUUCCCAGGCUUUCCCAUAAAGUUCCAUCUUCUCUUUGUGCCGCUUUAGAUAUUUGAUGUGGCAAAUAUUAUCCUCCACUCAUAAGUUCUGCUGCACCACAAAUGUUUUUUUGUAUGCAGGUAUAUAUUUAUUUAUCCGACGCGCUCAAUUCGCAAAGCAGGUUCCUUGCCCCAGUCGAUAGAUUAUAGUUUA